CCGCGGCAUACUUCUGUGGUGCGGAAAGGCGAUAGUCGCCGUGCUCAGCACUCCUCUACCAAAAACCCCUAAUUGUAUCGAAAUAAACAUCCGUUUGGCCGGCGGUGAUCCAUCGAAGACGAAGGCGGGUCGACCGCCAACUUGCAGAAACGAGUAAGCUUCGUUGAUUCGAUCCAGUCAAGGGAAGAAGUGAAUAGAGGAGGGAGAUGCAGUUGGUCGCGCUGCAUCCUUCUUGCUUCAGGGGCUCGAACCCCCCGGAGUCUUCGUCGUCUUCCUUUUUGUCAUAUCUUAAUAUUUUCUCAUUCAAGGAACAGCAGCGAUCAGGAAUCCGUGGAGCCAGGAUUUGUAGGAGCACACGCAGAUUGGCCAUGUCCGGGGUUUUUUCUCCUUCGGUUCAUCGGAUGGUCUCGAGAUCUCAGCGGCGUCGUGCAAUUCAAGCCAUUGCUACCCCGAACCCAAUUGUUGAAUUGCCUCUCACUGCAGAAAAUGUGGAAUCUGUAUUGGAUGAAGUGCGACCAUAUCUUAUGGCCGAUGGAGGGAAUGUUGUAUUACAUGAGAUCGAUGGGAAUGUUGUGAAAUUGAAACUGCAAGGAGCAUGUGGGUCUUGUCCAAGUUCUGUAAUGACGAUGAAAAUGGGCAUUGAGCGCCGACUGAUGGAAAAAAUUCCCGAAAUUGUUGCGGUAGAGCCCAUUGUGGAUGAGGUGAUAGGCCUUGAGUUGAAUGAAGAAAACAUUGAGAAGGUGCUUGAUGAGAUAAGGCCAUAUCUUGUUGGAACUGGUGGUGGAGAGCUUGAGUUUGUCAGCAUUGAGGAACCUAUCGUUAAAAUUAGGCUAUCUGGCCCAGCUGCCGGAGUCAUGACCGUUCGAGUGGCUUUGACACAGAAGCUAAGAGAGAAGGUCCCAGCCAUAGCAGCAGUACAGCUUUUAUAAUUAGCUGAAGGAACUGCCUUCAUGUCUAUAGUUAGCUAUUCUUUGUUUAGAAAAAAUAUAUAUAUAAAUUCCGGUUCUCUUGCAGUGUUAGCUUUACUUGGGAUUCAUUCCAUAAGGUGUUCUCUGUAGAUUAAUUUACUCUUGGAAAUAAGCCUUAGUAGUUAUAUGUUGGAAUAAUUCCUAUUUUUACUUGUAGUGCUAUGAAGGAUAUACUUUCUCGUAAUUUUA